ACCAGGUGUGUCGCUGCUUGAUUCCACCUGUCCCACUUUCAUUUUGUGACAGUGUGUCUGUAGAUAGACAAUUAAGUGGCUGUAAUAGGUAAAUUAGAAUAUAUUGCUCAACGGCUUUCAGCCUUCAGUUGUGUGUGAGUGUGUGAGAGAGCGCUGCCACACAAGGACUACAUGUUUGCUCAGUAAUCUCCGGCUCAACCUGUCUGAUAGGUGUGGGCUGGCUGGCAGUGACUUGCGCAGGUAUGAAGUCAAAUCCAACACAGUCUUGAGAGAGAGGAGGGAAGCUUUUGCACUCCUGACAGACACUCUUACUUUUUACAAAAAAGCAGAAGGAAAGCAAUAGAAGAACAACUCUCAUAAACUCCAGGAAGACAAACAGAAGAAGAAGAAACCGUGGGAAAAGGUGGAAGACGAGGAGAAUGCUACAAAAUGUAAAAUAACCCAAGGAAGCUUCUUCUGCGGCAGUUCGACAGAUGGGUCUGGAAUCCUAAUGUGGCAUUUCAGGCUCUGGGAAAUACAAGAUGUUGCUGUUUUUCUCAGCAUCAUGUUAUAUAUGUGCCACCUAGCUGGAGCCAUUUCCAUAUACUCUCCUCAGAGGAGCCUGAUCCGCUCUGUGCAGGACGAUGUGAUCUUCUCAGUGAAUUUCACCUGCAGCGAGAUCCCAAACAUACAAUGGACUUUUAUGUCAGGAUUGGUGAGCCGGAUGAUAGGGACCUGGCAGCCUGGGGGGUACACCAACAUAACGGAGGACUACAGCAGCCGGGUGCAGGCCUAUGACAACGGUUCGAUGUGCCUGUCAGACCUGCGGCUGCAGGAUGGUGGAUUCUACGUCGUCACCAUCACAGAAUCAACCGGGAGCAGCAAGGAUUUUGGUUUCGUCCUCAAAGUAAAUGAGGUUCUGUAUGAGGACCUUCAGUACCUUACUGUCUCUUUUUUGGCCCUGGCCUGCUUGGCCGGCCUUCUUAUGCUCGCCAUGUGGCUCCUGGACAAGGCCUACAAGAAGAUAAUGGCAUGCAAGCGCAGGAGAGAGAUGCCAGGUGAUGCCAGAAAAACAGAUUUACAACUUGGAAAUUUCUUGUGAAUACCCAUUCAGAAAAUUUCGGAUUGCUGGCAUUGCUCAAACAUAUCCUUCCCUGAUUUCUUGUAUGGAUAAGUGCUGAAAACGUUCAUAACCAAAAAAGGUCACUCUACAUGGAGGACAACUAUGUAACCAAAAUAAAUAAAUAAAUACAUCAAAAUAAAUAAAUUUGUGUGUCUGCUUCUCCUACAAAUAUCCAUAGUGUUUUACAGAAUUUCUUACAUUUUUGUGGCAAUGAUAAUGGAAACACUACAGGACACGUUUAUACACAUUCAUUCAUAGAAUACGUUAUUGUCUGCACUAAACAGGCACAGUCUGAACUACAUGCAGUUUAACAGGUAGUCCAUGGACGGACCUGCUGCUUUCAGGAAUUUUGGGGCAUAUUUGCAGGCCAGUUUCCCCAAAACUCUCCCUGGUGCUGAGGAUGAACAGUUGGUGCAGUUUUAGUCAUAAAGCUCUGUCAUGCAGAAGUUUGGGGCAGAAAUUUUGAACACAGAAAAAGUGUCAUCAGAUUCUGAUCCAUCAUGCAACUGGAAAGGGUCCAACUUACAGCGGCUUAAUUUUUCAGCAUGACAAUCAUCCCAAACACACUGCUAACGCAGUAAACGCACACCUGGAUAGAAAAACACACAGUGGAACACCAUCAAUCACGAACUGGCCUCCUCAGAGUCCUGACGCAAUAUUAUUGAGUGUGGGAUCAUCUUCAGAGAGAACAGAACACAAAGCAGCCAAAUCCAAAGAAUAGCCAGGAGAACUAUUCCUAAAGACUACUACUAAAUAAGUUACAAACUGGUUCCUGAAUGAGGCAAAUAAAACCUUAUAAAGUGUCUGAAAUGUGGCUGCUUUUUUAGGUAAUGGGUGAAACAGUAAAGAACAACAUUUUUUGAAUAAACACGUUUGUGUGUUGUUUUAUCUAAAGUUUAAAUGUGUUCUUCUUACCACUGCACGAUUGUGUGGAGAAUAAAUAUAGGUUGAAAGGUGUGAUGGUUGACUUUGGUUAGACUCUAUUAUUGUUUCAAAGUAAGGGCGUGUUUGAGUACAAAGGUCUGUGAAGACCUAUUAUAGCUUUGUUUGUUGUCUUAAUGAUGUAUUGACACUUUAAUCCUCC